AUGAGCCUUCACCCUACCUUCUUCGGCCACGUACAUACCACCCAGGACGCUCUCCUCAUCUUCGAAGCCUGCCGCCGCGACAUUGUUAAGCCCAUUACAAGACGACCACACGACCGUGAGAGAGAGCAGGCGAUCCGGUCAGGCUGCAUCUUUGUGUUCAAUGAGAUACAGAGUGGGAUCAAGAGGUGGACUGACGGCGUGGCGUGGAGCCCUAGCAGAAUUAUGGGAAAUUUUCUGCUGUAUCGGGAGUUGGAGAGACGAUUUGCCCCAGGAGAGAGGAAGAGGCAGAUUAAGCCAAGUAGACCAAAGCCAGGUCAGCUCGAUUUCCCUGAACUUGACACUGACCGCGCUCUGGUGGGAUCACUCACUGAUACAUAUGGAUUCAAGGAAGGCGGAUUGAUCAAGAAGACGAUGUCCUUGAUUGUUGAUGGCCAGCCGCACCAUCUGAUCUCGUAUUAUACAGCGGAAGAUGUGAAAGACGGCGUUCUGGCCACGCCGAGUAAGUCGGCAAUGUUCGCCGGUGUUCAGAUCCCCGCAGACCUCGUUAUGCAGCAGAAUUUCCGCGUACCGCCUGUUUUGGAC